CUUGUAUUACGAAGUACUCUAUUAUUCUAGUGUAAAAGUACGUUGAAAGGGACGAAAAUAAUUAUACAAAAAUGGGAAAGGGGGUGGAAGAAGAAAAUGGUGUGAGCACGGGAACAAGUUUAUUAUGUAUGAUGGUGAUGGUGAUGAUGAUCAGUACGGCGACGGCAUUGGGUUAUGUCGGGUGGAAGUUGAUAUUGAAGAAGCUCCAGGAAAAGGGAGGGAGGGGCCCGGCGCCAGGGCGAAUUGUGAAUCCUACAAACUGGCCGGUCAUCGGAAUGCUGCCGGGGCUAUUGCAAAACGCGAGCCACAUCCACGACUACGUGACGGAGAUCCUAAAGCUCAACGGCGGCACAUUUGAGUUGAAAGGGCCGUGGGGCUUCCCUAACCUCAACAUGCUCUUCACCUGCGACCCCGCCAACAUCAACCACAUCCUCUGCAAGAACUUCAAGAACUACCCAAAGGGUCCCCACUUCCAGAAAAUCUUCGAGAUUCUCGGGGACGGGAUGGUGAACACCGACCACGACCUCUGGGAGCUUCACCGGAAGACCACCAUGCCCCUCAUGAACCACCCGGACUGCCGCGCUCACUUGGAGAAAACGGUGUCGGAUAAGAUCCGACACGGGCUGUUCCCGCUUCUCGAGCAUCACGUGCAGAAGCGGGACCCCUGCGGGUUGAAGCAAGUUUUCCGACGGAUAUCCUUUGACAUCGCCUGCACCCAGUUUCUGGACAAGGACCCUUGCAGCCUUGGCGUUGGCGGGGACGACCACCCCUUUCUGACGGCGGUGCGGGAGGCGGUCAACGCAAUUCUGUACAGACAUGUUCUCCCGGAGUGGUGUUGGAAGCUGCAGAAAUGGGUGGUAGGAGUUGAUAGAGAGGAGAAGCUGAGGCAAGCAUGGCGGACUUCUGACGACUACAUAAACCCGAUCCUUUCGGACAAAAUACAGCAGCAAAACGACGACGGAUCCAAUGAGUUCAGCAUGUUGCGGUCGCACAUGAAUGCCUUCCAAGGAAUGGGUUUUAAAUUUCUAAGAGACAACGUCCUCACCUUGAUUCUUGCCGGCUCAGAUACUACCGGCUCAACACUAACUUGGUUGUUUUGGUUGCUUGCCAAGAACCGGUCGGUUGAAGCAAAGAUCUUGGACGAGAUUCGUCGCCAUCGAAGUACAAACAAGGAGGAGGAGGAGGAGGAGGAGGGAGAAGAAGAUAUUAAUAUGAUUAUAUUCAAGGCAGAAGAAUGUCAGAAAUUAACCUACCUCCAUGCGGCCGUGUGUGAAUCCCUCAGGUUGUUUCCAUCUGUACCUUUGAAUCAUAAGAUGCCUACAGAGAAAGACGUUCUCCCCAGUGGGCACACCGUCAAACCCAACUCCAAAAUCAUAAUGCCCUUCUAUUCCACGGGGAGGAUGGUUUCUGUGUGGGGAGAAGACUGCAUGGAGUUCAAGCCCGAGAGGUGGAUUUCACCCGCCACAGGUGGAAUCCAGCAUCAACCAUCCUAUAAGUUCCCGGCCUUUAACGCCGGCCCCAGGAGUUGUAUUGGCAGGGAUAUGGCUUUCACGGUCAUCAAAAUGAUUGCGGCUACCAUACUCUGCCACUAUCACUAUGAGCUCCUGGCUCAUGAUCGUCCAGUUGAGAUUUCCGAAUCCAUCCUUCUUGAAAUGAAGGAUGAUCUCAAGGUCGUCUUCACCUAUCGGUAGUUUCCUAGUUACUUAGUUCCUUAAUUAGUUGGCCGGCUUGUAUAUUCACCAUGCCCGCCGCUCGACCAUUUUAUUCGGAUAUCCAUCAUCAAUCAUGUCCACUUUUAUAUACUUUGCAUGUGCAGGCCGGCUAGGCCAAGCCGGGGUGCUUCAAAUUGAAGUACUUCCAACUCCAUUGGCAUGUACUUCCACUAUUUAUUUAUUUCUGAACUAAGCGAAUAAUAAAUCAACCCUCUCCUCACCCAUACUUUGAAACACAAUGAUUACUUAUAUGCCUUAUUAUUAAAUGCCCGUAUUAUCUUGUAACACCGCCCCCAAGUAUUUGUACUUUAUCAAAUUAUGUAUUGAACCCUGAGAAAUGUAUAAAAGCAUUUUUACGUGAUUGUAAA